AUGGCGAGUACAUCUAAUUUUAAGAAAUCUAAUCAUCAACAACGUAAUACGUCAAGUACGAAUUGCAAUGAUCCACCCUUUUUACGCCAAAUUCUACCAAUGUUAAGACCCACCACAACGACGCAAGGUGGUGUUGCUUACUCACAAGCUCAGCAGCAAUCACCUCAGAUAAUUGUUCCGACACAAUACGGAUUUGGUGAAUUGUUAUCAAAUUCCAACUCACAAAAUUCCAAGGAUAUGUCAUCGACUUUAACGCCGAUAUCUCAUUUUCUUCCAAUGGAUUAUGGUAACAUGCAAACAAAUUUUUUUGGACCGGUCCAACCUUACCCGACUUAUUACCCUCAACAGUUAUAUCAUCAGUCGAUGCAUCAUCAGCACUUUUCUCAAAUGCAACAACAGCAACAUGGUCAAGCGAUGCAACAGCCAUUCAUGUCACAUGUUCAGAUGUCACAGCAGCCAACUGGUUCCGCUCAACAGGAUCCACAGUUUGACAUGUCCGCGAUUUCAACAUUCUCAUUCUGUGAAGACUGCACGAAACAUUUGAUCACUAAUGUGACACUCAAUAAUACGUCACAACAACAGCAACAACUGGCGACAACCCCAAAUCAUUCGAUUACUCCGUCUCAUAUCGUUCCUACUCAGACGUUAAAUGUGCAAUCUCUCAUUUCUCAAGAUGUAUCUCAGUCAAUCUCAGAUUAUUCAAUGUCAGCUAAUUUGUCCAAUCCGAAUGAGUUGCCGAUUGAUUUUUCACUUCAUCAAUAUGAGGAUAAUUGUGACAAAAUCUCCUACUCAAAGAAUGGUGUCUUGAAUGAUGUCUUUUUUUCUGAUCCAAUGAUUGAAGAUACCGAAGAGUUACUUCAUUGUGAUAGUGAUUCUUCUUCAGACACGGAUAUUUCGACUCCUCGUCAGAGAUAUUCUCCUCCUUUGACACCAACCGAUUAUAUGGGUGGAGAAAAUUCACUGUGGAGUAUGAUUUACGGAGAUGAAUUCGAUUUAUCAAAAAAUCAAUCUUCCGAGACAUCAUCCACGAACGCGUUUGAAUCUGUCAUCUCCUCUUCACCUCAAGUUUUGUACUCGUAUAGCUCUCCUCCAGUUAAAAUGGAACUAUCAACUCCUACCACGAUGUCUACCGUUACACCCCCAUUAAAUUCGGCAUGCAAUGAAUCUCCUAACUUUACCAUUGAUCCUACUCUUAUUUGCUCUAAUUCUGGAACGAGUUUUGGUUCUGAUUCGAGCAAUUUCAACGUUUCCAAUACCAUUGAUCCUAGAUUCAUUGAAACUUCACCAAACGUUUCUUCUCAAAAUGUUAUUAAAAAACCCACACCGGUCAUUACCAAUUAUGUUGAAUUCGGGGAUGUGAUGCCAAGUCCACCAUUGGAGACUCCCGAACUCGUCAGCGAUCAUAGUCUCAAGCGUAGGAUGUCUUAUGAAUCAUCAUCCGAAGAUGACAUUUCCGAUUCUGAAUCCCGUGACAAAAAAUCACAAAAGAAGUUUAGAGUUGACAUUGAUGAUUGCACUGAAGUCUCUUCCUCGUAUGCAAAUGAUCAAGACAUUAGUAUUGAACCUGCUAAUGAAACUAAUGAGAUUAGCGACACCGUUACCGAUGAAUAUCAUUAUAGCAGUGACACUGAUUCUGAAGAAGAUGAUGACGAAGAGUAUCGUCCAACAAAUACCAAUAAGAAAUCUCGCACUGCGAGAAAGGUUAUCAAGUCCCAAGGUAAAGCAAGAGGUUCAUUAUCAAAGGGAUCUUCCAAACCAAAGUCCGGUUCUGUAAAGAACAAAUCAAAGGCAUCAACAGCAAAACGUGGUAAGCAAUCCUCAAAAUCAUCCAAACCUUCUUCAAAACGGUCAAGCAGAGUGAAUUCCCCCUCAGCGGUUUCAGUUGAAAGCCCAGCACCACAGAGUCUCUUAACGCCUGAAGAAUCUCAAGAAAUGGAAGGGCAUGAAGUCACGUCAUCUCGUCCAACCCUUUUUCCAACAAUUUUUCAGACUUUAACAAGGUCAGGAAUUGAUUGGUGUAGAUACUGCGGCACUACCGAGGGCGUUAACUGGAGACCAGGCCCAUGGGGCAAGCGAACUUUAUGCAAUAAGCAUGGAUGUGACUAUAAAGGUUACGGGUUCGCAUGUAAGCUUCCAAGACUCGACUUGACAGGAUUCGUCAACGAAUCAGUUGAAGAUAGAGACCGUCCAGUCUUGCAGCUCUUCUGUACCGUAUGUCAGAAACAAGAAUCGUUUGUAGGAAACGUACUCGUCAGAUGCGAAGGGUGUCCCAAAGCAUUUCACCAGAAAUGCUUAUCCUCUCACAUCACCGAUGAGACAGUAUCAAGCUCGGAACAAUGGUUCUGUGAAGCUGGCUGUUCAGAUAAUGUGCGCAGAAAGCGUAUCGUCGUCGAGUUACCAAGGAAAAAACUCCCAUUAAUGUCUACACCUAAAGUUCAAGCACAAACAUCAACUAUCGAAUCCGGAGUAGUACCUUCAGGUACUGUUUCCCGACCAAGAACUUCUCGCAACUCGUCUAGAGUUUAA